GGCCUUCAAUGGGAAUGGGCGCAUGCUUUGCUCUCACGCGUGACAUCCUGGACUUUGCGGCGCGAUGCAUUGAGCGCCUCCGUGGCCCUCAGCAGCUUGAACCAGGCUCGUUGGCAUUCAGCUUUGGAUGGCCUGGCUCAGGAGACUUCUCGUGGGCUCGAGACUGCCAUCGCGCGCAACGCAGUCCUGGGGAUCCUCGCGGACAGAGCCCUUUGGAGGAGCACCGUUCAGAUCUUGGCCGGCUUCCCGAAGAGGCAGCUUCAGCUGGACCUCGCCAGCUUGGGUGCUUCAGUGACCGCAGGCGCCCUGAGCAGCGCGUGGGAAUCUUCCUUGCAGCUGCAGAGGCUCAUGAAGUGCCUUCGAGUCUUUGCUGAUGCCCUUUGCUACAAAGCAGCCGCCACAGCCGCGGGGCACGGCAGGCUGUGGCGCGGGGCACUGAAUCAACUUGGAGGAGAAAGGCUCCCAGAGAGCGAGGCAGAGGUUUAG